GAUAAUGCCUCAAGGACCAAAUUAGCAUCUCCUUGAAUGUUUUCCUACAUUCUCGCGCAUUUGUUAAAGGGCACUAAAUCAAAAAUGGAGACUGAUAUUCAUCGAAUCGACAACAACACUCUUAAUGAUGUGUUGAACAGAAGCAACGAAGUGGAUCCGAAACUUUACGAUAGAUACAUAAUGAAUAAGGCCAUUGAUGAACCAUCUUACACCAUUCUAAUUGUCAUGUACUGUCUUCUCAUUGUAAUGGGAGCGUUAGGAAAUACUCUGGUGAUAAUAGCAGUAUUCAGAAAACCAGCAAUGCGGACACCCAGAAAUAUGUUUAUAGUGAACCUAGCAGUAGCCGAUCUACUACUAUGCACAAUAACAAUGCCUCUAACUUUAAUGGAAAUUCUUACCAAAUACUUUCCAUUGGGAAAUAAUCUAUUUGUAUGCAAGACCAUUGGAAUACUUCAAGCAACGAGCACUUACGUGUCGACCAUAUCGAUUACUGCUAUUGCUUUGGAUAGAUAUCAAGUCAUUGUAUAUCCUACCAAAGAGAGCUUACAAAUAUUUGGAGCAGCCCUCAUUCUGUUACUAAUAUGGAUAGUGGCACUAGUGCUAGCGAUGCCACUGUUUAUUGUCAGACAUUUGACACACCAUGAUCUACCAGGAAUGGGCAAUAAUGGUGUUCUAAGCUUGGAUUUUUGCAUAGAAAACUGGCCAGUGGAGCAUGGGAGGGCGUAUUACUCUAUAUUCUCGCUGAUAUUCCAGUAUACUUUGCCGAUUAUUAUUGUUUCGGCUGCCUAUUACAGAAUCUCCUACAAACUCCGAUACAGAUUUCAAGCAGGAUUCGUAAGCACUGAAGAUAACCUUCAGAAAAGUCGAAGACAAUUAAGGGGCAGGCGAUUACAAAAAACCAAUCUUUUACUAGGGUCCAUUGCCAUUAUUUUUUGUAUUAGCUGGCUGCCGUUGAAUCUGUUCAAUCUCAUUGCUGACCUAUCACCUGAUCCGAAUAAGUUUAGUAGUCAACCUAUGAAGGUCUGCUAUGCCAUCUGUCAUAUGAUGGGUAUGUCUUCAGCUUGUUCCAACCCAAUUCUUUACGGUUGCCUCAACGAAAACUUCUGGAAAGAAUUUAAAGACAUCCUCUGCAUCGAAAAAGGUACCGACGAGGUUGGCGGUACUUCUCAAAAAACAUCCAUAAGAAAAAAGUGCCAAAAAAGCCUCUUAAAACCAGACAUGGUAACCGAUGCGACCAAUUACCAGCAAUGCAACACAGUCAGCUCUGACUUGACGGUUCUAACGAAAUGUUAGCGUUUAAAGAAUAUCGCAGCGAAAAAUCAAGCUAACGCUGUGAAUAAUUGGAGAAAUAAUGUUGCAAAUACUGCGCUGUAAACAGUGAUUGAUAUAGAGAAGCUUAUUGAAUUAUUAAUAAAAGUAAAUUGUAUUAGGUAGACAACCACACAUCGAGGAGGAAUAUUAUCGAUUUGAAGGCUGAAACGAGUAUAUUGCUGGAUUUUUAAACAUUUUUGUGCUUAGGUGCUCUUUGAACAAUAAGGUGUUUCGAACGGAAAAUGAAAUUUAAACUUCUACUUUAGAUUACAAUGACAUGUACCUAUGUAUUCUGUUGAUAAAAUAAUAUUUUCUAAAACAUUUAAUGUCCGCAAUGACAGUCAACUGACGUGCCACAUUUUAAUAUCACAGGUGUGGAAAAAAGUAUUGUAAAAUAGUAGUAAUUAAAGACCUAUUAUCCACGCAACAUUUCAUUUCAAUGAGGAAAAAAGUAUGUCUUUAAUCACAUAUAGUAUAAAUAAGCAUAAGUAUUAUUAUUAUAUUUGAGACAUCACUGAAUAUACAGGGUGAUAUUUUGGAAAACGUAAGUAGAAUAAAAAAUUAAUUUUAGAAACGAUUUAAAUUGUUCCAGGAAUAUCAAGGAAGAACUACUCUUAUGUCAUAAUAAUUAGUCUAGGUGGCAAUUUCAUGAUUCACUUUUCAAUUCACUGAUUUGUUUAUUGGUAACCCAAACAUUGCAAUAGAACAUAAUGAGGAGCUGUACCAUCUUGUUGGAAAUAUAUUGCCCAAAAUCUCCUUUGGAAAUAAAUUUCCGAGUACAUCUCUUUGUCUCCCCAAUUCAUGGAACAUCAAAGUCUGAAUACUCCCAGUAUUUCCGCUAUGCAAAUUGUGACAUUCCCUCAUAUGCAUGCCAAAAUUUUCUCAGGUACUCUACUCAUCAUCAUAAAUUUCAGCGUAUAUUUAUUCCGAUUCCAACGCCUCUUUUGUCGAUUGCGUAAAUCGUCCUGCGUCGAGGUCUGCUUGGAUAACACUUCAGUGAUCUCGGCUUUAUAGUAAAUACUAAGUGAAUCCGAACAGCUAAAUAAAAGAGUCACGUACAUGGUCUGCUAAAAUUCAUCAAUAUAUCCUAAUAAUGAUGACUAGACUAUGUAGACCGCUUCCAGUCGUUCAAAUGAUAUUUGGCGCACACAAAAAUGGAACAAUGUCUAAACAUGACACAUUGGCUAAUAAAUUAACAGUACGAUGGCUUGUUUAUUGAAAUAGAAGGAUUUAGAAUUAGUUUAUUCCUCUUUCUUCGGAAUUUUAGCGAGUAUCUUAAGGUUGUGACCGAGUGUCGUAUUUUUUGAAUUGUCUUCUCAUUACAGUUGUUAUUUGACCGAUUUUCGGAAAAAUAUUUUCCUAUUUCUAGCGUGUUGCACGCCUAUGCUUAUUUUCAUAAAUAAUAUGUCACCUAUACAGUUAAUCCAAAUAGCAUGGUUGACUUCGUAUAUACUUUACCUUCUGUGUUUAUCUCAGUAGACUGAGGAUGCACCUAUGGGUUGACGAGCUGGAUAGGGGGCCUUUUUGAGGCCGUGAGAUUUUGCGAUUGGGCUGGUUUUUGGUUUGCUCUGGCUUGGUCGCUAUAGGGGCCUUUGAGACAGUUUGAUAGUUGGUUGGGCGUGGUCCAUCGCAAUUGAUGCAUUUGCGGGAUUCAGUAAGUUGUCGCCCGCGUACUUAUAGCAUUUUGUGUUGACGUGACAAUUUGCGACGGGCAUUAAGAGAAAUAUACCUAUUUUGCACAAAAAAGAGGUGAAAUUCUUCGAAAUGGUCAACUACCUCUUUAGAGGAGAUAAGAAGUUUCACCAGCGAUGUGGCCUUGUAGCCGUUUUUUUUCAGAGGGCUCAAAUCUCUGGAUGUCUCUUGGGAAAAAAAAUCAGAUUUUUUAGGUCUGCUUCAAUCUCUGACAGGUCCUGAGUUUUUCCCUUUUAUGAUUAUGUUGUAAAGCCGUUCUUCAGCAAGGAAGAAAAUGUGGAAUUCAAACUUCUAUUCUUUGAGGUUUUUGAGGAUUUUGCGAUGAUUGUCUCGGGAGUUUGGAGCAAUUUCCUAGACGGCC